UUAAAUAUUUGAUAGAAUAUACCAGUAAAGCCAUCUGGUUUUCUGUGUGGGAAAGUUUUUAAUUGUGAAUUUAAUUUAUUUAACAUAUUUGGGAAUAUUCAGUUGUUACAUUUGUUUUUGAGUCAGUUUUGGUCAUUUUUAUCUUUCAAAAAUGUUUCCAUUUCAUCAGGGUUGUUAAUUGAUUUCCCUUUUAAGGUGUCUUAUUUUUAUUCUCUUCAACUUAAAAUUAAAAUUUUAAUUAUGCCUUCCACUUAUAACAGACCAAGAAAACAAGAUCCCUUGUAUUAUAGAGUCUUAGUAAUUGUGUGAAUCAAUACAAAAUGUUUGGAGUGUAAUUUUGUGCCAAUAAAAGGUGAUAGCUUCAGUACACCUGCAUUGGACCCAGCCAUUCUAACUCUGGGAAUUUUUUUCAGAAGUAUAAUUGUUUAUGUACUUACAAAGAUCUAAGAAUAUUUAUAGCAUCAUUUUUUUUCAUAAUUAAAAAUGGAAACAAUAAUGAAAACUAAUUAAUAGAGAGCUAUCUAGUAAAGAAUGAGACAUCUGCAUAAUGGAAUCCUAUGUGAAAAAAGAGAGGUAGAGUAAUAUGUGCUGAUAUGGAAAGUUAUAUUUUAUAUGUUGUUAAAUGAGGAAGAGAGGUUGCAAACAGAUUUUCACAGCCUUUGCAAAAAAGGAUAUGGAGAUAUAUGCUUGGAAAAUUUCUCUAAAAUUGUAUGGCAAGUAGUUGGGUUGGGUCAAUUUAAGGAAUUGGAAGAAAGAUUAUUCCCAACUUAUACCCUUAGGCACCAGUUGAAAUUCUCAGACUUAACAGGUAUACUUAAAAAUACUAAAAAUGAAAACCACAAUGCAGACAAAUGUUUUAUAAUUCCUACUUUUUCUGUCUUACUCCAGCACUAGACAGAUUUCCAAUUUACAUUUUGUCAGUUCCUUCAGGUUGCAAACAUAACUGCGUACAUAAGCUGUCCUUAUGCUCUCUCUACUUUACAGUGGUCCAGCUGGUAAUCAGGGACAUGCCAUGGGGAAAAAAAAAUGGCUGGAAGAAUCUUGCUCAAAUGCAUGCAGAUGCACAUACGUUCAGAGGAGUGAAAACCUGAGGCAAUAGCACAGAAUAGAGUUCAAUUUAGGGGUGGAACCUCUUACAGUAUUCUGUAGGGUCUACAGGACUAAGAGCAGGAGCCUUUCCAAAGUGAAUGAAGGAGUCAUCAGGCUUUUUAGAGGAUUUUGGUGAAGUUAAGGUUUUGAUCAAGACCAAUAUACAGACAUUUUUGGGAUAUUGGUGCAUGUUUUAGCGGCCAAUUGUGGUGCCUCCUAUUGUGGGAAGGAGAUUGAUUUGGGCUCCAAACAACUGGAAAAACUUGAGAAAAGUCUAAGGACAGAGGGGGUUAACUGUUUAGACUCAGAGACACCCGGAAACAUAGACUUGAGGCUUUGCAGGAAGGCAAUCCUGGUAUUAAGAAGUCCCUGAUUGGUAAGAUUUCAGGUUUUCCCACCAAACAAAACCUUUCAAAAGUCCUAAAACUUAAUUGGUCAAAAAUGGGAACAACUUAGAAUUUGUUCUGCUCCCACUAGACUGAUUGCCUGGGGACUCCCUGAAAGUGGGCUAAUUAAGAAGAGGUACCUCGGUGACUAAGUACCUUUGGGAAGAAGGGAAGAGGGAGGGGAGCAGAGAGAGAGAGGACCUCCAAUUUUGAACAACACUUAUUUCUAGGCUUUUUCUAAGCUCUUCUGUGAGGACAGUUUCCUUCUUCACCAUGAGUAGAGACGGCAGCAACUUGCCUUGGCCCCUGUGCAUGGCUCAGCACCAGCAAGACAGGAGGUAGCUUCAGUGGAGCCCUAGAGAAAAUUAGAAGGGGCAGCGAAGCCCCUCCAUAGAGGUGAGUGUCUCCCUAAGGGGUCUCCUCUGUGAAGGAGAGGGUGAGAGCAGUUUAGGGUGGGACGUUCUAGGUCUACCUGUCUUCUAGAUCUUGAAGUGUGGGCUGGGGGAGCAGCAGAGUGUACAGGCUAAUCUCCAAAUCCUACCUGCAUAGCAGAGAGCACUUCCAGCUCCUCUCAGACCCAAUGCUGGACAUAGACACAGCUCCCUGAUAGUCGGGGUCCUUCUCGCUCAUGGUUCCUCAUCUUGUGCUGGUUAUGCAGAGGUUGUGGAAAAGCAGACCACUGAGCUUUCCUAUCAAUCCUGCCCCUGAAGCUUUGUUAACCAUUAGUGAAACAGUGAAAGAGACGGGGAGGGGGUUACCUAAGGAAGGUAAGGGAGGGAAGGAAAAUGGUAAUGUGAAGGAGGAAGGAAAACCAACUGGAGUAGGAUUGAGGGAAUGUGGCCCAACCUGCCCUGGCCAGAACAGGAUUAUUUAAUCAUACAUAUACAUCCUAUACAUAAAUAUAUGACAUAUAUAUCUUAUAUAUUUAAAUAUUUCAUAAAUAAAACAUAUGAUAUAUAUUUUAUAUAUCUUUUGUUAGUAAGAUAAGAUAAAUAAUAUAAUAAAUAAUAUAAGGUAUGGUAGUUAGCUGUGUAGGUGAUGAAAUCUGACAGACCUGGGUUCAAUCUUGACUCAGACAGCUGUUAGUUGGGUUCCCUUGUGAUGAAUUAAUAUAUAACUUAAUACAUAAUAUAUAUCUAUGAUAUAUAUUAUGUAAUAUCUAGCUAUAUAAAAGUUAUAUAUGAUAUAUAACUACUUAAUUUAUGUAUGUAAAUUUUAUGUGCCAGCCUCAGAAUACAACAGUGAAGAUAUGUCCUAGCCCUUAUGAAGUUUAUAUUCUAAUGUCAUAGAUAAAUACUAAAUACACUUAAACUUCCUCUUCCUCUUCCUUGCUUAAUUUUUUUUCCCUGUGGCGUGAUUAAUAAACUAGACUAUUACAUAUUUUUCUUAUGUGUCUUGUGUGUGGUCUAGCCCCCACCUCUUCCUUGAAUAUAAGCUCCACAGGACAUGGAAUUUUCUUUGUUCUGUUCAUGACUACAUUUGUUUAUUGUUAAAUGAAGGAAUUAAGUAAAUAAUUAGACAUAAUACCAGGUAACAACAACUGUUAUGAAAAAAAUGGAAGUCCAAUAAUGAAUGUAUCUUUCUGUUUUGGGCAGAGUGAUUGGAAAGAGUCUUUGGAAGGGUGACAUUUGAAUAAUGGGAUGAAGCGACAGGCUGAGAGCCAGGCAUCCUUAACAGCUGGCAGUCCCAGAUCUAUUCCUUAUCUGUGCCAGGUGCCGUCUUUCCUUCCUCCCUCAACUUUGGAAGGAAAAUGGAAUUAGGGAAGAAUGGAUUUGCUCUGGGAAAUUAUCCCAAGCUCCAGGGUUCUCAUUAAGAGAUCUUGCUGCUCUGUAAAAUGGAGAUUUUAAAAUUUGGAACAGCAGGGAUUUUAAAAUUUUUCUGCAGGCCCUAAGGUGGAUUCAUGCACUACCAUUACAGAUGAGAGCUGGGGUUUAAAGUUCCAUCCUUUGAACAUCAUAUAAAUCUGUGCCAGAUGCCUUUAUGUCAUCUGGCACAGGUAACCUAAGAGAAAUUAGGGCAGCUCCAAGACCAGAGGGACCUGAUUGACUCAGCUUCAAAACUGGCCUAUUUAAAAGGUCUUAGCCUCUGCCUGCUGACAGAAGCUGCAUCUAGUGGGGAAAAAGACCAGGAAGGUAUUUCACCACCAAUAGAAGAUGUCUUCACCCACUCCAGGGGGCUGGUUACACUGGGAAGUGAGAGCCUCACAUGUAGACUUGGGGUGACAACAUGUCCCUCAAGCUAUGUGCUGAGCACAGUAGCAGGAACAUGUCACCUGGUUCUCAGGUUGGAAAUAGUUUCUUAUCCUAAUCUUUCUUUCUUCUCUCUAGAGAGCAGGACCAUGUAGAGCAAUGCCACCUCUCUUUUAAUCCUUGGGCUUCAAAAGAAGCAGAAAUUAAGGACUAAAUGAUGGAUAACCACUCUAGUGCCACUGAAUUCCACCUUCUAGGCUUCUCUGGGUCCCAAGAAUUACACCAGAUUCUUUUUGCUAUAUUCUUUUUCUUCUACUUGGUGACAUUAAUGGGAAACACAGUCAUCAUCGUGAUUGUCUGUGUGGAUAAACGUCUGCAGUCUCCCAUGUAUUUCUUCCUUGGCCACCUCUCUGCCCUAGAGAUCCUGAUCACAACCAUAAUUGUCCCCAUGAUGCUUUGGGGAUUGCUGCUCCCUGGGAUGCAGACAGUGUCUUUGUCUGCAUGUAUUGCUCAACUUUUCCUGUACCUCGCUGUGGGGACCACGGAGUUUGCAUUACUUGGAGUGAUGGCCGUGGACCGUUAUGUGGCUGUGUGUAACCCUUUGAGGUACAACAUCAUUAUGAACAGCAGUACCUGUAUUUGGGUGGUAAUUGUGUCAUGGGUGUUUGGAUUUCUUUCUGAAAUCUGGCCGGUCUAUGCCACAUUUCAGUUUACCUUCUGCAAAUCGAAUUCCUUAGACCAUUUUUACUGUGACCGAGGACAAUUGCUCAAGCUGUCCUGUGACAACACUCUUUUCACAGAGUUUAUCCUCUUCUUAAUGGCUGUUUUCGUUCUCUUUGGUUCUUUGAUCCCUACAAUUGUCUCCUACACCUACAUCAUCUCCACCAUCCUCAAGAUCCCAUCAGCCUCUGGCCGGAGGAAAGCCUUCUCCACCUGUGCCUCCCACUUCACCUGUGUUGUGAUCGGCUACGGCAGCUGCUUGUUUCUCUAUGUGAAACCCAAGCAAACGCAGGGAACCGAGUACAAUAAGAUAGUUUCCCUGUUGGUUUCUGUGUUAACCCCCUUCCUAAACCCUUUCAUCUUUACUCUCUGGAAUGACAAAGUCAAAGAGGUCCUCCAAGAUGGAGCAAAACGCUGCUGUCAACUCCUCAAAGAUUAGCUGUUCUCGAAGUCAGUGUUAGGUGGUACAAGCCUCACUGUCAAUUAUUAAGUCACCUAGAGAACUCUAACUCCUCUCUUCUCUUAUCAUCAUUACAAAAGUCAAAGAGUGUGUACACACUAUGGAAGUAGAUUAGGCUCGUAAAAAUUAAAUCCAUUCUCUGCCCGGGAGAAUCUCAUAGCCUUAAUUCCUGCCUAUUUCCACUGUUGAACAUAUUCUUGUGAUUUGGGAGAGACUAGUGAAAGGAAAUGCAUAUGUAUUUUUAAGAGUUCUAUUAGUCCAAUAAAUUUUCUUAUAGUCUACCUCUGAAAAUGUAUUUUCUGGGGAAGGGAGGAAUUGAGGAGGGAGGUGGACUGAGAGAGGUAUCCUAAUCAGAGUACAAAGGUAGAGAUGCUCACUUUGGUCCUUCAUCAACUGUUGCUAAGUCCUUUCCUCUAUUUUUGUGCAACUUUUUGACAAGAUGACCAUAUAUAUUUUAGAUAUCCUAAGGCUCUUUUUCUCUGCCCCACUGACACUGCAAAGUAAGUGUAACAUGUUUAUGUUUUGUCACAGAAUUAGUCUAGAAUGGUGACAUGAGGAUGGGAAUGCUUCUCAUUCAGCAAAUCUUUGUGGUGUAAAAAGAUAAAAAUAUUUGAGGAUAAAAAUGGGGGAAAAGUUAUUUUUGUUAAGCUUCAGCAGAUUUCUUUCACUGCCUAUCUUUGUGAUGGGCAUAGGGACGGGGCAAAUAAGAACUAAAUGACUAAUUCUAGAGAGCAUCCAGUAUUUUAUAGCUGUUUAAAACAACUAUGUCUGUUCAGGCUGUAUCCAGAUAUAGACUUCAAACUUUAUAAUUUCUUUUGAUUCUUCGUCUCUCAAAUCCAACAGUCUUAAUACCAUCAUGUGUAUUUUCUCUGUGGGCAGAAUUAAAAAAAAAAAUAAGAGGCUAUCUUUUUGACUCCCAGAUUUCUAGCAAUUCCAAGGAUUGGCUGUUUGGUAAUCUAACUGUUAGAAUUUCACAUAAUAUUGGAAGAAGGGCUUAUAAGGAAGAAAUUUACCUAAACAACAACAAUCAGCAGAUCCUGCCAGCCCUAAAGUAAGUGAGAACAUUGAGCUGUUCAGCAGUAGGAUGAUGAGGUUACUGAGAAUUUUAAAGAGGACUGUGUGAGGAUGCCUUGUUGUCUUGUCUUGUGAGGAGCAACAACCAUCAUGUAUGGAUUGGGUAGAUUGCAUUGUAUUAAAGCACCAGACAUGGUGGGGAAUGGGCUUUAAAUUCAGCCAGUCCAUGCUCUGCAAGCCAACCAAUGGGCCCUGGUGGGACUGCAUUGGCUGGAGGAAGGGGAGACUUUUGCUUAAACAAAGGUGCCCAUAGUUUCCAAGCCCAGUUAAUGAGGAUCUGUUCUAACCAGAAAGAUUACCAUUUUUCUAAUUCAUUAACCCAGAGAUGUAUCCUUUAACAGAUGAGAAAAUAGAGGCUCAGAGAAUUUAAAUAACUUGCCAGAGUUUACUUAGCCAUUCACUACAUCACAUCCAUCGAAUUGGAAAAACAUAAAACUCUGAGAAUACUAAGUAUUGAUCUGAAUGCUGGAGAAUAGAUUUUUUAAAAAUCAACUUCUGGUGGAAACAUAAGAUAUAAGAUUCUGUUAUAAAGACACUUGCACACGUAUGUUCACUGCAGCACUGUUUACAAUAGCAAAAACUUGGA